UAGAGAGCUCAGAGAGGCUUUGGGAACGAUGAAACGUUUCUUUCAACCGGUAGAGAAAGAUGGGUCUGCCAAAAAACCAAACCUUUCAUCUACCAAAAGUGAAGAAACUUCAAUGGAGGACAAACCCAAGAAGGACCCGACCAAGUUCUUAACUUGGAAUGCCAAUAGCUUUCUUCUUCAGAUCAAGAACAACUGGCCUGAGUUCACCAAGUUCAUCACCACCUUUGAUCCCGACGUCAUUGCGAUACAGGAAGUUAGGAUGCCUGCUGCCGGUUCAAAGGGUGCACCUAAACGCCCAGGAGAGUUGAAAGAUGACACUAGCUCGUCACGUGAAGAAAAGCAGAUAAUAAUGCGUGCCCUAUCAAAUCCACCCUUUGGAGAUUAUCGGGUUUGGUGGUCUCUUUCAGAUUCAAAGUAUGCAGGGACUGCAUUGAUUGUAAAGAAGUGUUUCCAACCCCAAAAUGUAUUUUUCAAUCUCGACAGAAAAGCUUCAAAGCAUGAACCAGAUGGUCGGGUUAUUUUAGCUGAAUUCAAGACAUUUCAAUUAUUGAAUACAUAUGCACCAAACAAUGGCUGGAAAGAGGAAGAAAACUCAUUCCCAAGGAGAAGAAAAUGGGAUAAAAGAAUUUUAGAGUUUUUCUUGCAAUGUUCAGAUAAGCCUCUCAUAUGGUGUGGCGAUCUGAAUGUCAGCCAUGAAGAGAUUGAUGUUAGUCAUCCAGAUUUUUUCAGUGCAGCAAAGGUUAACGGUUACAUUCCUCCAAAUAAAGAGGAUUGUGGACAGCCUGGAUUUACCUUGUCAGAGAGAAGGCGGUUUGGAAACAUAUUGAAAGAGGGAAAGCUAAUAGAUGCAUACCGAUUCCUACACAAAGAGAAGGACAUGGAGGGUGGCUUCUCCUGGUCUGGAAAUCCCAUUGGAAAGUAUAGAGGCAAAAGGAUGAGAAUAGACUAUUUUGUAGUUGCAGAGCAACUCAAAGAUAGGAUUGUUUCAUGUGAGAUGCACGGGCGAGGGAUUGAAUUACAAGGCUUCUAUGGAAGUGAUCAUUGCCCAGUUACACUCGUGCUUUCAGAAGGACAGCCGAGUUCUAAGGAGAGUGACUUAACUGCUUAACUGUUAACCAUAUAUGACAAUCCUGAGUGUUUUAGAAUGAAGCAUAUC